AUGUCCCUACGCAAAGGAGCAACCUUCCAUCACCCCACUACCCCAGAACGAGAACUACCUCAUCCCUUCAAAGUCCCAGCACUCCCUCGUCGUUCUCAAUCAACACUUGAGGAUGUCGUCGACGCUCACAAACGUCGAGUCGCAUUAACUCUCGGUAACAUCGACCGUGGUCUCUCUGCUGUCGAAGACAGCUCUCCUACUGCUCGACAAUCCUUUCGAGACGAGGCCGACCCCGUCCCUCAAGGCUUCCUCAACCACACCGUCGAUACUCCGACGACUAAAUCAUACGGCCCCAUCAUGGAUGGAGUAAUGUCUGAGGAACCUGCCUCAAUUAAUCGACGCUCCUUGCGUCCACGACACAACCGCCGCCCUUCUAGAUACUCAGACAGUGGUCUGGGAUCUUCAAUCGGCUCAAUGUCUGGUAAGAAAGCUGCGGAGACGCAGUCCACUAGCGUCAAUGAUGUCGCAGCAUCAGCUAUAACUAGGUCUGCUGCUGCUCAUUCUUCAACAAUCGAAAACCUUCCCAGACUCAGCUCUCGGGCAACUAACCGAAUCACUGAGCAUAUCUUGAAGCCGCUUCUCGCAAAGCCGUCUUUGAGAGACUUCUACCCAAUUGUGAAAGACUGCCCACGAAGAAUUCACGCGAAGGAGAUCGUAUGUCUGCGUGACCUGGAGAAGACCCUGAUUUUCAUGGCGCCGGUGAGUGAAAUCCAAGAUGAAGUUGUUGGGAGUGUCGCUCAUUCUAUUUUCCGUUUGAAGGAGAGGACCAAGUCAGCCGCCUUGUACCUUGAUUUCUGCCUCACGUCAAUCCGCUGCAUCCAAGCGACUGUUGAAUAUUUGAGCGACCGCGAACAGACACGCCCUCACGACCGACCAUAUACUAACGGAUACUUCGUCGAUCUUGUUGAUCAGAUCAAGCAAUACGCGCAACAGGUUCAAGCCGCAAAGGAGAAGGAAGCCAAAGGAGAGACACUGGACGACGAGGAUCCUGAAUCGUCUGAUGAGAUCAAACUUCACGGUGGUCUGACAAAGAACGGCAAACCGGCAGAACUUGUUCGAGUCAAGAAGAACGGUAAGGCUAUCUCCAUCGCCACCGGCCAACCCGUCGAGAUGGACGAAGACUCUAAAGAAGCCAUGCGCUUCAAGAGAUCCAUGAGUGAGGAAGCCGAGGACGAUGAGUCCAUCCUCCGCUCGAUGGCCCGUCGCAAGCGUUCUGCCUCUGCUGCAGAGCUCGCACCUAAACGUUGCCGUGAGCCAGGCUGCGACAAGGAAUUCAAGCGGCCAUGUGAUCUCACCAAGCACGAGAAAACCCACUCCCGACCGUGGAAGUGUCCCGUCGAGGCUUGCAAAUACCAUGAAUAUGGUUGGCCAACCGAGAAGGAGAUGGAUCGCCAUCACAAUGACAAGCACUCUGCAGCCCCUGCUCUGUAUGAGUGCCACUUCAAGCCGUGCCCUUAUCGAUCCAAGCGUGAAUCGAACUGUAAGCAGCACAUGGAGAAGGCGCAUGGAUGGACCUAUGUUCGAUCAAAGAACAAUGGCAAAAACAGGGAUAGGGCAACAGCCACAAAUACAUCAACCGGCUUGCCUACUCCACCAACCACCGGUAUCCCAACUCCGGGCAAUGACAGUAACAUCAUGAACACUCCCGAAGAAGAUGACAUGGACAUGUCCAACUACGAAGGAUCGGUCUACUAUGGUCACCAGAGUGAAAUCACAUUCCCGGAGUACAACAACGAACCCGAUAUGGGUGGGAUGUUUGCACCACAACAACUUCAAAUUGAUUACUCUCCAGUGACGGAAUAUACCAACUCAGCCUCAGAUGCGUCACCAUACACCAGCAACACAUUGGCGGGUCAAGACCAUUUCAAUGAGAAUUUCUCUACCUUCACAAACACUGGCGCAGAUUUCAAUCUCUUUGAAGGUGAAGAUCUUUACAGUGCCAAUGUUCAGUUGCCAACGCCCACCCACGAAAUCUUCCAAAACCUUAGUGGUUAUGAGACUUCUGGCUUACCAUACUCUGUCGGCCCUGUUCCUCACAUCUCUCCCCUCGGACACGGGAACACAAUGCUUUAUACGCCAACAUCAUUGCGUGAAGUUGACGAAGGCUUCAGCGAGGAUUUCGUGCCAAACGACUGCCUUGGUAAUGACUUCCAACUCUUCCCAUCCUCCACUGGAGGCACAGUCGCAAGCUCUGCUCCCAGUGCCUUGUUCGGUGAACUUCCGUCUGGCGUCAAUUUCAACAACAUGAGUGGCCAAGAAAUGAUCGACUUCUUCAAUCAUCAAACCGCCGUUGCCGCUGGGAAUAACAUGGAUUGGGACUCUGAUACCUAUAAUGGGUAUCGUUCCCAGUAA